AAUUGUAGGUGAUGAUGAUGGAGGAAAGCUCUUUACCCCUGAGGAGUAUGAGGAGUACAAAAGAAAAGUAUUACCGAUUCGGUUACAGAACAGGUUGUACGUGAACUGGAGAUCACCAACGGGCAUGGACUGUAAGCUUGUGGGACCAGAGACGCUGUGCUUUUGUACUCACCGGUAUAAACAACACAAAACGGACUAUGAAGUGAUUCCCAAAGACCGUCCUAUCUGUGUGCCAUGUAGAGUGAGCCAUUGUCCGUGCCAGUCCUAUCACUACGUCCCUCUAAAUGGCACGCAGCUCAUCCGCUGUAGAUGCAAACACUUUGCUGAUCAGCACAGUGCAGCACCAGGAUUUUCAUGUAACUCCUGUUCCAAGUGUUCAGGCUUCCACAGCUGCUUUACCUGUGCGUGUGGUCAGCCAACGUAUGCUCAUGAAACAGUAGUGGAAACGAAACAGGAGCGCUUGGCCCAAGGGAAGCCCCUGGGGCAGGAUGUUCCUUACGCCGCCAUGGGAGGACUGACUGGUUUUAGUUCGCUAGCAGAAGGCUACAUGAGACUCGAUGACAGUGGAAUAGGGGCUUCUGCUGAUCUUUCAGAAACCCAUGUAACGAACAUGGAUCAUCCAUUUCUCAAAGCAUUUCAGAGACCUUCGAGUUCUGCUCAAACCAUGUCACAGAUAGCAGGUGGUUCUAGUGCCACAGGGCAGGUUUCUCAUGGAAAGCAUUCAGAAGAUGAUGAUAUGGCUUACUUUGAAAAACGUUACCAGGAACGGCUGAAAAAGGAGAAGGCUGCUAAACGGAAAGAGAAAAGUCCAGGGCCAUCACAGAAGCCAUGAGAUUAAUAAAUAUUUAUUAUAUGG